AUGGGUUCUAUUUCAUCUCCUUCACGAAAUCCUACUCGAUCUCAAGAAAAUGAUGAUCAAUAUUAUCGUAUUUACGCCUCUUUUUGUGGAAAAGACUAUACUCCUAACAUUAACAUGUCGAAUUGGCUAUCGUGUUAUCACCCUUCAACAAAUUCAUGGCAUCGACUCACUACAAUUCCAGGCCUUGUCGAAAACCAAGUCAUAAAAAGUUUCGCCAUGGUUUCAAUUGGCGAAACAAUUUAUGUAAUAGGAGGGAUACAUUAUUACAAGGCUAUUGUUGGUGACGAUAAUUAUGUUCAAGAAAUGAGGCUAGGACGUGUGCGCUCUUCGGUGCUUAAAUAUGAUACGCGUGUGGAUACUUGGUCAACUUGUGCUCCUUUAACUACGCCAAGGUAUAAUUUUGCGUGUACUUGUAAAGAUGGUAAAAUUUAUGUUGCAGGUGGACAAACAACGUUGGAUUGCGCUGAAGGUACCUCGUUUGCUGAGAUUUAUGAUCCUGCUAAAGAUGAAUGGGAAUUGUUACCAAAUAUGAGCACCUUGAGGUAUAAAUCUGUUGCCGUGCCAUGGCAAGGUAAAAUUUAUGUGGUGGGAGGAUUCGCUAAAAGGGGAAAUAGAGACAGCCAAGGACCAUAUAUGAUGGAACGAAGCUCUGCUGAGCUGUACGAUCCACGUAGACAAAAUUGGGAGUACGUGGCAAGAAUGUGGGACCUAGAUGUUCCACCUAAUCAAAUAGUAAAUGUUGAUGGCAAAUUAUUCAGCUCAGGUGAUUGUUUAAAUGCAUGGAAAGGACAUAUUGAAGCCUAUGAUGAAAACUUAAAUAUAUGGAAUAUAGUGGAUGGCUCAAAUUCACCAAUAUCCACGUCAGAUGCCACGUUGGCAAAGUUGCCACCUAUGCAAAGAAUAUUUUGCACCAUGGCACCUAUAGGGACUCAGCUCUACUUCUUAGCUGGAUACAGGAUGCCAGCUGGUGAGAUAUCGAUAACGAGGACUGAAGUCCACGUGUUCGACACGUCAGCAAUUGCUAAUGGUUGGAGAGCUUUUGAACCAAUAGAGGAAGAAGGAGAAAAAGAACUUUGUAGUCAUUGUUGUGUUCUUAAAAUGGAUUAA